AUGGCGGACAUCAAGAUUGACGGCAAGCUCUUCCAAGAGCGCAUCUCACAUUUUGCGACCGCCUGGAAAAAUGACCUGAGAGCCAAGGACGGCCUCUUUGGUGGAGCUGCCUCCAUUCUCAUCAUGAUGGGCAAGAUGGAGGAGAUUCCCGAGUUCCAUAAGAAUAAUGCCAUGCAUUUUUGGUUGCUUGGCUACGAGUUCCCCACGACCUUGAUGCUGCUCACCGUGGACACGCUCUACAUCCUUACGACGGCUAAGAAAGCCAAACAUUUGGAUCAGCUAAAAGGCGGUCGAUUCCCCAUCGAGGUGCUUGUUCGCGGCAAGAACGCCGAGGAAAACGAGAAACUAUUUGUUACCAUUGCAGAGAAGAUCAAGGCGGCCGGAAACAAGGUCGGUACCAUCGCAAAAGACACGUCCAAGGGACCUUUCGUCGAUGAAUGGAAAAAGGUCUUCUCGGAGCAGUGCAAGGACGUUGAGGAGGUCGAUAUUUCAGCCGCACUAUCGACGCACGCCUUUUCCGUCAAAGAUGAGAACGAGCUCCGCGCUAUGCGAACCGCCUCCAAGGCUUGCGUUGCCUUGAUGACUCCCUACUUCCUCGACGAAAUGUCCAAUAUUCUCGAUAGCGAAAAGAAGGUCACGCACGCUGCAUUGGCAGAGAAGGUUGAUAGAAAGCUCGAUGAUGACAAAUUCUGGAAGACGGUUGAGUUGCCCAACAAGGGCAAGCUGCCUUCUGAUUUCGACUCGACCCAACUGGACUGGAUCUUAGGGCCCGCUAUUCAGAGUGGUGGCAAGUAUGAUCUUCGCUUUGCCGCCGAAGCCAACAAUGACAACUUGCAUGCCGGCGUCAUAAUUGCUGGUCUGGGUCUCAGGUACAAGUCAUACUGUUCGACGAUUGCAAGGACUUACCUUGUUGAUCCCAACAAGGCGCAGGAGAGCAAUUACAAGCUUCUCCACAUGGUUCACAAUUCCAUUAUCAAGGACAUUAGAGACGGAAUGUCGGCCAAGGAGGUCUAUAACAAGGCGCUGAGCUUGCUCAAGAUCAAAAAGCCAGAGAUGGAGAAGCAUUUUCUCAAGAAUGUUGGUUGGGGUAUCGGACUGGAAAACCGAGACCCAACCCUCGUCCUCAACGCAAAGAACAACAGAAUACUCAAGGACGGAAUGACUCUCAUCAUCCAUACUGGGUUCCAGGAUAUCGAAAACCCACAGCCCCAGGACAAGAAUAGCAAGGUCUACUCCUUGGUACUGACUGAUACUAUCCGCGUCACUACCGGGGAACCCGUGGUGUUCACUGCUGAAUCUCCAACCAGUGCUGAUGCCAAUUCGUUCUUCUUCAAGGAUGACGAAGAAGUCGAGCCCACCCCUAAGAAGGAGAAAAAGGACCACAGGGUUGGUGCCGUUGCCACUAAAAACAUCACCAGUACUAGGCUUCGGUCCGAAAGGACAACGCAGGUCGACGAAGAUGCCGAAAACAAGAGAAAAGAGCACCAAAAGGAGCUGGCGGCCAAGAAGCAGAAGGAAGGUCUCGCCAGAUUUGCCGAGGCAACUGGCGACAAGAACGGAGCUGAAGUCAAAAAGUUUAAGCGAUUUGAAUCGUAUAAACGAGACAAUCAGUUCCCACUCAAAGUCAAGAACCUGGAAGUCGUUGUGGACUCAAGGAACAGCACUGUCAUUCUUCCCAUCAUGGGCCGACCCGUGCCAUUCCACAUCAACACAAUCAAGAACGCUAGCAAGAGCGACGAAAACGACUUUUCAUUCUUACGAAUCAACUUCCUGUCACCUGGACAGGGAGUAGGUAGAAAGGAUGAUCAGCCCUUCGAAGACGCUUCCGCACACUUUGUGCGCAGUCUGACUUUCAGAUCGUCUGACGGAGAGAGAUAUAGUGAGAUAGCUACUCAAAUCUCAAACAUGAAGCGAGAUGCGGUCAAGAAGGAGCAAGAAAAGAAGGAUAUGGAAGAUGUGAUUGAGCAAGACAAGCUGAUUGAAAUCAGAAACCGAAGGCCUGCUGUAUUGGAUAAUGUCUACAUUCGUCCGGCCAUGGAGGGCAAACGAGUGCCUGGAAAAGUCGAAAUACACCAGAAUGGUAUUCGAUACCAGUCACCGCUCAACGCUCAGCAUCGCGUCGAUGUUCUCUUCUCCAACGUCCGCCAUUUGUUUUUCCAACCUUGUGCGCAUGAGCUCAUUGUCAUCAUCCACAUUCACCUAAAAGACCCCAUCAUCGUCGGCAACAAGAAGAAGACCAAGGAUGUUCAAUUUUAUCGUGAAGCCACUGAUAUCCAGUUCGAUGAAACUGGCAACAGGAAGCGAAAGUACCGCUAUGGAGACGAAGAUGAGUUCGAGGCUGAGCAAGAGGAAAGAAGGCGUCGGGCCGACUUGGACAGACUCUUCCAAGGUUUUGCGCAGAAGAUUGCAGAGGCUGGCCGCAACGAAAACAUCGAAGUCGAUAUGCCUAUUCGCGAACUCGGUUUCAAUGGCGUGCCCUACCGAAGCAACGUAUUUAUUCAACCAACCACAGACUGCCUCAUGCAAGUUGUUGAGCCUCCUUUCAUGGUCAUCACCAUUGAAGAUAUUGAAAUUGCCCAUCUCGAGCGUGUGCAAUUCGGCCUCAAGAACUUUGACAUGGUCUUUGUAUUCAAAGACUUUACCCGCGCACCAUUCCACAUCAACACUAUCCCCGUAGAAUUCCUCGACCAAGUCAAGGAAUUCCUAGACUCAUCAGACAUUGCCUACAGCGAAGGUCCACUCAAUCUGAACUGGCCUACGAUCAUGAAGACUGUUACUGCCGACACGCAUCAGUUCUUUGUCGACGGCGGUUGGGGUUUCCUGCAAGAGAAUUCGGACGAUGAGCAGGAAGAGGAGUCUGAAGAGGAGUCAGCCUUUGAGAUGGACGAUGACGAGAUGGACGAAGCAUCCGAGUCUAGCGAGGAGGGGUCCGAUUUUGGUAGCAACGCCAGUGACGAUGACGAUGAUGACGACGCCGAACUGGAUAGUGAGGAAGAGGGUGAGGACUGGGAUGAGCUCGAGAAGAAGGCUAAGAAGAGAGACAGGGAGAGCGGUCUGGAUGAUGAUGACCGGGGUGGGAAGAAGCAGAAGAGGAAGCGCUAG